AUGGGUUACAUUGUCACGGGGUAUCCAAGUCGGCAUGACAAGAGAAAGAAACAUAUACUUCCCUUGCACCAGUUUGCAGCGUCUCCGUUGAACUUACAACGAUAUUUGCAUCUAUUUCAGGCUCCAGUAUUCUCCAAGAGAUCAAGGUCAGAUGAAAGCAAUCAUACCAAAGCUCAAGUGAAGAAACUUCGACAUCAUCGGAAGCUUACCUUGCAAGACAUGCCGGUAGAGAUCAUCCAACACAUUUUUGUUUUUACAAAAGGUGAGCCCGCAAUGAUCGCCUUGAACAAGUUUUUUUAUGAGUGUUUGAGACCUUCAUUUUCAUUGUUGUCUAAAAUCAUGUGGGAGAAAUAUCUUUUUAAUCCACUUGAGUUUGGUGUAGAGAACAUCAAAACUGAUUCAGGUUGUGUUGUAAUUCCCACUUUAUUUGAACAUGAAACAUUUUUCAGAUUACUGCUAGAUCAUCACCAUAUUCUCUUGCAAAAUAUUUCCCACUUUCUCCCAAAGAAACACUUCCGGGAUAUGCAGAAUGGUGAUUUUGAUACUUCAAUAGAACUAGAUUUAUGUUCGAUGACUACCGAAGAUGCCGAUAAAGAGGAUUUCCCGCGAAAUUUUUACAACACUAUGCAAAUUUACCUAACUCACAGAGAAUGCAUACGAUCUAUGGGUAAUUAUUUUAUUUUAAGAAAUCCAUACGAUGUUAUAUCACCAUUUAUAGAAUGGGUUUUCCAAGCUAUCGAAAUGGAAGGAGAAGAAAUAACCUCCGAAUUUACUGUGAAUAACAUGUUUGAAUCAAUAGAUUUGAUUCUGUACGUUUCUGGAUCUGCGGGGCAAAAAUUCACUUCCACUGAACCUCUUUUGACUGUAGUGUUUUUGUUGUAUUUCACUCACGUAAAUUUCCUGCAUACUUCGAAUUUUCAUAUUUUCUUCCAGGAUAGAUCAAGACUACAAUUCAUGGAAGAAUUCAUCUUGAAGUAUUAUUACGAACCAUCAUUAGUAGAGCACGAACUUUUAUCCGAUGCCACCGUUUGGGACCUGCUAAGAAGGGUAUCUGAUUUAAAGCUUAUCGAUUUAGUGGUUCAAUGUGGCGGGAGACCUCAAUAUGGCGCGAUGUUUUCAUAG